AUGUCGUACGGAUCUAAAGCUGCUGAACGUGUUGCCAAUAAGAUUGUCUUAAUCACUGGUGCUUCAUCUGGAAUUGGUGAAGCAACUGCCAAAGAAAUUGCAUCAGCCGCUAAUGGCAAUUUAAAAUUAGUGUUGUGUGCUAGACGAAAAGAAAAGUUGGAUAAUUUAUCUAAAGAAUUGACUGACAAAUAUUCAUCCAUCAAGGUUCAUGUUGCUCAACUAGAUGUAUCUAAGCUCGAGACUAUCAAGCCAUUUAUCAAUGAUUUACCGAAAGAAUUCUCUGACGUGGAUGUAUUAGUCAACAAUGCAGGCUUGGCUUUGGGCCGUGAUGAAGUUGGAACCAUUGACACAGAUGAUAUGUUAUCGAUGUUUCAAACUAAUGUUUUAGGGUUAAUUACCAUCACACAGGCUGUUUUGCCAAUCAUGAAAAAGAAGAACAGCGGAGAUGUUGUUAAUAUAGGUUCAAUUGCUGGAAGAGACUCUUACCCUGGAGGUGGAAUUUACUGUCCAACUAAGGCAAGUGUCAAGUCGUUUUCGCAAGUUUUAAGAAAGGAAUUGAUUAGCACCAAGAUUAGAGUUCUUGAGGUUGACCCUGGUAAUGUUGAAACUGAAUUUUCAAAUGUCAGAUUCAAGGGCGAUAUGGAAAAGGCAAAGCUGGUUUACGCGGGUACUGAACCAUUAUUAUCCGAAGACGUAGCUGAGGUUGUCGUAUUCGGACUUACAAGAAAGCAAAAUACCGUUAUUGCUGAGACAUUAGUCUUUUCAACCAAUCAAGCCAGCUCAUCUCACUUAUACCGUGAAAGCGAUAAAUAA